AUGCCUCCGCAGCAGCAAGAGGUAUCAACAUACCAACAAGGUCUACCAGGCUUUGAUGGAGGUGCGAGAGGAGCUCAGCAACCAUCAGCCCCUGUAACGCUCCCGCCGCUGCAAUAUGUCUUAGGGUACCAGCAGGGCGCACAGAGCCUUGAUGCAGGCCAGAUGGAGGAUCGGCCACCACAACCUGCGAUGCCUCAGCAGCAGGAAUCUCAGAUAAUCGGGUAUGGGAUUGAUGCGGGUCGAAUGUAG